AUGCAUCUCCUGCCCUUCCUCCUCCUCAUCUCCAGCGUCAUCGCCGCUCCCCGGCCGCAAAACAACAACAAUGCCGCAGCCCUCACCCUCGACCCCGCCAACGUGCAAGCCGCCUCCGCAGCCACAGGUCAAGAAGGCGGCGACGAUCCGGCCCAAGCCGACAGUCUCACGGACGAUGCCAACUUCAUAAACUUCUGCACGGGCAAGACGCCCACGAACGGAGCGCAGGUGACCGGUGGCUCGUGCAAUGGCAUCGUCAUGGGGGACAUCCCAGACCAGGGGAAUAUGGUCAGCAGCCUCAUCACGUCCCCAACACCUGGCGAGGAUAUCGCCGCCGAUACGUCAUUCACAGUCAACGUGAAGGUGGACGGACUGGUCGCUGGAAGCUUUACUAAUCCGGAGACUACGUACUAUGCUGCCCCGCAGGCCCUCAGCGGCGGAAAGAUUGUCGGCCAUACACACGUCACCAUCCAGAAGCUGAGUGACGACUCGUUCGCGGUGGCUCAGCCACCAGACGCCGCAACGUUUGUGUUCUUUAAGGGGAUCAACGAUGCUGGUGAUGGAAAUGGGAAUCUUGCGGCUACAGUGGACGAAGGAUUGCCUGCUGGCUUCUACCGUGUCUGCACAAUGACCUCGAGCAGUAACCAUCAGCCAGUGUUGAUGCCCGUUGCGCAAAGAGGCGCACAGGACGAUUGUCAGAAGUUUUCGGUUGGGCAGGCUGGGCAGGGUCAAGCUGGGGGGAACGGCGGGAACGGCGGGAAUGGCGGUGGAAAUAAUGCAAACGCGAGGAAAGCUUGA